AGCUACUGGAAAGCAAAGAUCACAUCAUUUUUAUUUUUAUUUCCCAGCAGAAUCCUUGCUAUGAAGUUGGCACACAGCAUGUGUCAAAUGAAAGACUGAAUAAAUGAGUCAAUGAACGAAGGGAUAAUACAGCUCAGUGCAUAUGGUUGAAAAUGACUCUUGUUUCAUUUCCUUCUGGAAUCCUUCCUUCUGUACAGCGAGACUUGACACUGUUCAGUUACUAGUUUCUAAGAGCGCUAUUUUCCUGCUUGGGGGAGACAAUAUGGGCAAGAAUCAUUAGUAUUCUCCUCAAGAAGCACCGGCACUUGCCCUUUGUCAACAUGGCAUCCAAAAUGACUUCAGGAAAGGGCGACGGAAGAGCUGUGUACCUUAGUCAAAAUGGCUUCUUUAGCGUCGCUCUAAAGGAAUGCGCACGCUUAAUUCCAUCCCCUCUCCGCCCCGUUGUCCUGGCGCGUGCGUUCUAGCAUAGAGGAACGUGGGAGGAAUAACUUUCUCUGUGAUUGGUUGGAGCAGGAUUUCAAACCGGAGCUGGCGGCUCGCUGCAGCUCUGCCGUUGGGUGAGGCGCGGAGGGAAGUGGAAGGCGGCCCAGGUGAGCCCCUGCAGUCCCGGCAGCCCCGGCAGCCCCGGCGAAGGGAACGCUGGGGGCUGUGAGACGAGGGUCGUUAACGCUGGACUGUGGCAGAAAAGGGCGCGCCCAACGUGAAAGAUGGAUACUAUGAUGCUGAAUUUGCGGAAUCUGUUUGAGCAGCUUGUGCGCCGGGUGGAGAUUCUCAGUGAAGGAAAUGAACUCCAAUUCAUCCAGUUGGCGAAGGACUUUGAGGAUUUCCGUAAGAAGUGGCAGAGAACAGACCAUGAGCUGGGGAAAUUCAAGGAUCUUUUAAUGAAAGCGGAGACUGAGCGUAGUGCUCUGGAUGUUAAACUGAAGCAUGCACGUAAUCAAGUGGAUGUAGAGAUCAAACGGAGACAGCGAGCUGAGGCUGACUGUGAGAAACUGGAACGACAGAUUCAGCUGAUUCGAGAGAUGCUCAUGUGUGACACAUCUGGCAGCAUUCAACUAAGUGAAGAGCAAAGAUCAGCUCUGGCUUUUCUCAACAGAGGCCAACCAUCGAGUGGCAAUGCUGGGAACAAAAGACUGUCAACCAUUGAUGAAUCUGGUUCCAUUUUAUCAGAUAUCAGCUUUGACAAGACUGAUGAAUCUCUGGAUUGGGAUUCUUCUUUGGUAAAAAAUUUCAAGCUGAAGAAAAGACAAAAGAGGCGUUCGAGUAGCCAACAAUUUGUUGAUGGACCCCCUGGGCCUGUAAAGAAAACGCGUUCUAUUGGCUCCACAGUAGAUCAGGGGAAUGAAUCCAUAGUUGCAAAAACUACAGUGACUGUUCCCAAUGAUGGUGGGCCCAUUGAAGCUGUGUCCACUAUUGAGACUGUGCCGUACUGGACCAGGAGCCGAAGGAAAACAGGUACUUUACAACCUUGGAACAGUGACUCCACCCUGAGCAGCAGACCACUGGAGCCGAGAACGGAGACAGACAACUCAAGCACACCACAGAGUAAAGGAGGGAUGCGUCUGCACGAUUUUGUCUCGAAGACGGUUAUUAAACCUGAAUCCUGUGUUCCAUGUGGAAAGCGGAUAAAAUUUGGCAAAUUAUCUCUAAAGUGUCGAGACUGUCGUGUGGUCUCUCAUCCAGAAUGUCGGGAACGCUGUCCCCUUCCCUGCAUUCCUACCCUGACAGAGACACCUGUCAAAAUUGGAGAGGGAAUGCUGGCUGACUUUGUGUCCCAGACUUCUCCUAUGAUACCUUCUAUUGUUGUCCACUGUGUAAAUGAGAUUGAGCAGAGAGGCCUGACUGAGACAGGCUUAUAUAGGAUCUCAGGCUGUGACCGGACAGUAAAAGAGCUGAAAGAGAAAUUCCUCAGAGUGAAAACUGUACCCCUCCUCAGCAAAGUAGAUGAUAUCCAUGCCAUCUGCAGCCUUCUGAAAGAUUUCCUUCGAAACCUCAAAGAACCCCUUCUGACCUUUCGAUUAAACAAAACGUUUAUGGAGGCAGCAGAAAUCACAGAUGAAGACAACAGCAUAGCUGCCAUGUACCAGGCUGUUGGUGAAUUGCCCCAAGCCAACAGGGACACAUUAGCCUUCCUCAUGAUUCACUUGCAGAGAGUGGCACAGAGUCCAAGCACUAAAAUGGAUAUUCCCAAUCUGGCUAAAGUCUUUGGCCCUACUAUAGUCGCCCAUGCUGUGCCCAAUCCAGACCCGAUGACAAUGCUACAAGAUAUUAAGCGUCAACCCAAGGUGGUGGAGCGCCUGCUUUUGCUGCCCCUGGAGUACUGGAGUCAGUUCAUGAUCGUGGAACAGGAGAACAUUGACUCCCUGCAUGUCAUUGAAAACACAAAUGCAUUUUCAACACCACAGACACCAGACAGUAAAGUGAGCUUAUUGGGGCCUGUGACCACUCCUGAACACCAGCUUCUUAAGACUCCUUCUUCAAGCUCCCUGUCACAGAGAGUUCACUCCAUCCUCUCCAGAAACACUCCCAGGUUUGGGAGCAAAACCAAGUCUGCCACUAACCUAGGACGACAAGGCAAGUUUUUUGCUUCUCCGAUGCUCAAGUGAAGUGACGUCUGCCUGUUCCUUCCCAGCAUUACCAGCUGCGAGAAGGGGCACACCUGUACUCUGCGCUCUGCAGCCUUCUGUGCUCAUUACUGCUUUUAGCAUUCUCCAGGCCUUUAAUCAAGUUUAAUUGUGCAUGAGGGUUUUAUUACAACUAUAUAUAUCUCCCUUUCUUUCUCCUGCAGUAACUUAACAUCAGCAUAUUGUGCUGGUUAUCAUUUGGAGCUUUUAGAUUGGAGAUCUUUACAUGAAUAGAGAGGUAAUACGGAAUUUGUUCUGUAUCUUUUGGGGGUGGAGGGCAUCCCUUUGGCCUAAAGGCAAAUGCUGCUUGUGGAAUGGCUUUUCACUUGUGUCACUGAGAACUAAUUUUCACGAGACAAUGACAAGUUCUACUUCUUUGGUAAGACUGACUUGUCUCGGGGUAGGAAGUGGGAGGGCAGGGUAAAGAAGGAAUUUAAGAGAGGAUUAGUGUGGCUCCUCCGCAGAAUUUGGGAUUCAAAUCCUUCCCCCUUUAAGGCCUGAGCUAUGGUGUGGAGCCUUCAUAAAAAUGAGAUAGGUGGAGGACAGAACUAGUGCUGGGAAUAUGCUUAGCUUUAAUUUGGUUUGAUUAGGUCUUAAUAGUGUAAAGUGGCACAACCUUGUAAAUGUGAUCCUACAACUAGUGUUUAAUCUCUAAUGGACCUCUGCCUGUACUUUUGGGUUGAUUGAGGUCAAAGCCAUUUUGUUCUUCAAACUUGAAUUCAUUCUGAUUGACCUCCCAUUCCUUGUCCAGUGGAGCCCUGUUUCUAGGUCAGUACGUUGUCUGCGUGGCAUCUUACUAAUAAUUAACGGUAGCUAUAAAGGAAGAAUAUCAGUAUUUCAUGUGGCAAGAAAAGUCAGUCAAAAAAAAGGGGACCAGGAGUAUAGCUCAGUGGUGUAGCAGUGCCUGAGUUCUAUUCCCAGUUCCCCAAAAAAAAAAAAAAAAAAAAAAGUCAUUUUUGUCUUUGCACUUUGGAUGCUGAAAUUUUUCUAUGAAACAUAGCUAUAGCCACAUAAGUGUGAAUAUUUUGUUAGAGUUAUUCCCAGUGUCUGUAAAAGUGGUUUUAUUGCAUAGCAUAUUUCUGACUCAUUAACCCUGUCUGUAAGACACCUAUUUAGAAUAUUUGGGGGAAAAUAAAUAAAUAGCUUCUUCAAAAUGAA